GGCUCGCGGGCUCCUCUUAAACCCCGCGCAUCCUCCGCACCUUCAUCCUCCUCCUCAUCCUCCUCAUCCUCAUUAUCCUCACCAUCCUCACAGCCACCAUCCCCACAGCGGCCGUGUCCUGGGCAGCGUCCGGAUCGCGCAGCUUUGAAGAGGAUUCCAGUCUCGUGACCCACAGCAGUCGUUCUCCUGAAGAAAAUCCAGUUUCCUGUGCCACCAGCCCCACCAAGAACCAUGGAGAAGAUUGUAUCAGAGAGGCCUGUUCCUGUGUCUAAGAAUGAGAUCCCUAUUCUUCCUUCCCAGAAGAAGCCAGACACAAACUCCUGCCCUCAUGCCCCUGCCAAACAUCUUGUCUCUGGUGGGGUGGACACUGAGAACUGCAAGGCCAGUGAGAAGGAGAGGCAGUGGAUCCGCCCUGAUACACCCAGCAAAUGCACCUGGAAGCUGGGGAAACCCCUCUCUGCCUCCCCCCACCACCACGCCACCCUGCCAGAGCCUCCGAAGAUCCUGCCAAACAUCCUGAAUAAAGUUGGCAACACACCUUUGGUGCGGAUCAACAAGAUUGGGAAGCACUUUGGGCUCAAGUGUGAACUCUUGGCCAAGUGUGAGUUCUUCAACGCCGGCGGCAGCGUCAAGGACCGCAUCAGCCUCAGGAUGGUGGAGGAUGCUGAGAAGGCUGGGAUCCUCAAGCCUGGGGACACCAUCAUAGAGCCAACCUCUGGGAACACAGGGAUCGGGCUGGCGCUGGCGGCGGCAGUGAAGGGUUACCGCUGCAUCAUCGUCAUGCCAGAGAAAAUGAGCAUGGAGAAGGUGGAUGUGCUGAGAGCUCUGGGUGCUGAGAUUGUGAGGACCCCUACUACAGCCAGAUUUGAUUCUCCUGAAUCUCACGUGGGAGUGGCCUGGAGAUUGAAGAACGAAAUCCCCAAUGCACACAUCCUGGAUCAGUACCGCAAUGCCAGCAACCCCCUGACACACUAUGACACCACGGCUGAGGAGAUCCUGCAGCAGUGUGAUGGAAAGGUGGACAUGGUGGUGGCCACGGCUGGCACAGGAGGUACCAUCACUGGCAUCUCCAGGAAGCUGAAGGAGAAGUGUCCAGGGUGCAAAAUUAUAGGUGUGGAUCCUGAAGGCUCCAUCCUUGCUGAACCAGAAGAACUGAACAAGACUGACAAGACAAUGUAUGAAGUGGAAGGAAUUGGAUAUGAUUUUGUCCCCACGGUGUUGGAUAGAUCUACAGUGGACCAGUGGUACAAGAGCAAUGAUGAGGAGUCGUUCGCCUUGGCACGGAUGAUGAUCCGCGAGGAGGGGCUGCUGUGCGGUGGCAGCUCGGGCAGUGCCAUGUCUGUGGCUGUGAAGGCAGCCAAGGAGCUGAAGGAGGGUCAGCGCUGUGUUGUCAUCUGCCCUGACUCCAUCAGGAACUACAUGUCCAAGUUCUUGAGUGACAAAUGGAUGAUUCAAAAAGGGUUCAUGAAAGAAGAAGACCUUGGCAACAAACCUUGGUGGUGGAACAUCAGCAUUCAGGAACUGAGCCUCUCUGCCCCCCUGACUGUGCUUCCAACUGUUACCUGUGCAAAGACUGUGGAAAUUCUCCGGGAGAAGGGAUUCGACCAGGUACCAGUUGUUGAUGACUCUGGGGUGAUUCUGGGCAUGGUUACCCUGGGUAACAUGCUUUCCUCACUGCUUGCUGGAAAAGUUAAGCCUUCUGAUGAAGUCAGAAAAGUAAUCUACAAGCAAUUCCAACAGACAGAUAAUCCAGCAUCAUGGGGAAAUGUGAUAAACCUGAAAGACAACUUGGGGAAACUCUCUCAUAUCCUGGAAAUAGAUCACUUUGCUCUGGUGGUUCAUGAACAAAUUCAAUAUCACACGGAUGGCUCCUCCAGCAAGAGGCAGAUGGUGUUUGGCAUCGUGACAGCCAUCGACCUCCUGAACUUCGUGACCGCACGGGAGCGGGAGAGGAGAUCCAACUAAAGCCAGGCAGCAACGUGGAGCCUCUUCAACAUUUUGCAAUCUCAAGCAAAGAAUCAGGUUUAUAUCUUCAGUAGAAUUUUUUUUCUUUUUUUUUUUUUGGUUGGUUUUGGUUGGGUUUUUUUUCUUUUUUAAUUCUGAAAAUAAGCAGUUCGCUAUCUCAGUGUCAGGUAUCCAGCCAAUGUGUCUUGCUGUAUUGCCCAGCUUCUGGGACUUGUUUCUUAAUCAGGUUAAGCAAUAUUUCUUAUCAAGACAAUUUAUUUUUUUACCUAUAUAUAUAUAUGUAUGUGUAAAAAAUAUUGCCUAAAUUAACUGGUUUGUUCCUUACUUGUUAUGUCUAAAGGCUGUCUUUCCAAAAUGUUGUUUCAGAAUCAUAAAAUGUGUUGAAAUAAGGAGUUACUGAAGCAGAGGCCCAAGAGAGCUCUGGAAAGUUCUGAAUUUUUUUUUUUUACCCCCAUUCGAGGGUGUUAAGUUAGAUAUUACCUUUGUGGAGGGAAAAUUGGGACUGGGGCAUGGGGAGAGGAAAGGAGGGUUUCUCUUUUGGUGGCAUCAUUAAAAUGAGAAAAUCUUCAGGGCUGAAGCUGAGGCUUGCUCCAACCACCUGCUCUGAGGAAAAGCUGGUUGGAGUAGAAGCAUGGCAGUGAAGUGACAAACAUAAACCAGUGACACUGUUUUACACAGUGCACCAGCCUUCCCUGCCAUGGCAGAUGUACUUUUUUCCAAUGGUAUCCUGAUAAGUAAGCACAAGUGGAAAGAUUUAAAAGGUAACAUCAAGCUCUUGCCCAAAGGUUUUGUAAAAUCAUGCUGUUACCUCUCUCUUCCCUCCCCACGCUCUUAAUUAUCUCAGAGUGCCUUUUUUGUGCCUGUGUCAGAAGAGCCAAAGAUAAUCUGUCAAGAGCUGUGAACUCUUCUUUUUCAGGUACUCCUAUCCUGCAGUGCCUUAUUCCAGGAAAAAAGCAUUGGGUAACCCUUAAGAUUAGGGCUAUUGCCCUAGGAAAGUGACCCAUCCUUACCUUAAACUGUGGUUUGCCAUUAAAUUCAUACACUUCUUUAAGAUUUAAGCAAACUUUUCCCAAUGCUCUGGAAAAAAAUAAACUAGUAUAAAUCUAAAAAUGUACAACUUCAAUAGUAAUUGAAAGGUUCUAAAGGGUAAUUAAUUUCUGCCAUUGUAGAUGUUACUGUUGUUAGAUUUUGAAAUUAGUUUGAAUAUUUACUUUACUGGCUUUUAUCUGAUGUUUUUUCCCCAUUUUCCAUCUGACCUUUGCUGACAGCAGCAGGGAGGGAGGUGCUUGAGUAGAUGACAUUUGUCCUUUUUCCCUUUUAAAAGCUCUGUGUCCUGACCUUACUGAAUUCAGCAAGGAAUAUUAAAAUGGUAGAAAGAGGUUCCCAAAGCUGCUUUUCAGAGCAGCCCAAGAGAGGAGUCAAAGGUGGGACAGCAAAUUAGUCAGUUACAAAGAAGUAUAAAGAUUUAAAUCUGUUUUUCUAGUUCACUGUUCAUACAUUAAUCCCUGUAGUGCCAUGAAAACUGGCAGUAUUGUGGACUGAGACAUAGGGGGUGGUUAGAAAUGGUGGGGAACAGGGGAUGGGAGUCUAAAGCAUUCCUAGUAAGCCAAAGAAUCCAAAGAAAUUCACCUGCUCCCCUGGGGUUUGCUGAGAACAGGAGCUGUCUCCUGCACUGGCACAGGGAGGAAAAAGCCUUUCUCAUUCACAGCAGCAACUUGGUGAGACCAGAGGAGCUGGGUAAAUAAAGGGAAUUGCUGCACAACUGAAAAACUUUCCAGAGCUCUUUCUCAUGGUAGGGAUGAAGGCAGCAAAGAGAAGGGGACAGGGAAUCCAGCAGGGCUGAAGUUCCUCUGCAAAAGCUUGUAAAUGUGAUGCUUUUUUGUACAUCUGAGAACCUCAUUGCUGGCCUGGUCCUGGCUAGCUGUGGUAGAGCUGAUUAAAACUGGGCUGAUUUUUGCUUCAAAUGCUCUGAAGACCAAGAAAGACACUGCAGUUUCUUCAGUCUUUUAGCUGAAGUUGAAGGCCAGAGCCUGAACAGAACUAUAUAUAUUUUUUUUCUGAAGUGAGUGCCUGCAUCUUCUGUUUACCUGUGCUGCUUAUGCAAGCGCUGACUAAACCCGAAAACUAUUUUGCACAUGGAUAUUUUUAUCAACAAUUUAUGCUGUAUUUGUUUGUCACUGUGAGAGAUUAUAAGUUCUGAUGUUGGCUCUGCAAAAAUACUUCUUAUUUUCUCACCUGAAGACAGCUAUUUAGUAAAAUCUGUACUAUAUUUUGCAAGCAGUUACCAGGCAAUGACUUAAGGUUCAUUUUCACGUUGUCAUGUCCAAUGUUAUUUCCCAUUUCUUGCACAAGCUGUGGCUGACUCCAGAGCUGUGUCUACCAGGGGCUCCUCUAAGCAGCCAGACCAGUCUCAUCUGCCCACCAAGCUCAUUUCUGAAAACUUCUGCUUGCUGUUAUAAAUCUCACACAAGGCUCACUGUCAGAAGUUUCCUGACAUUGCUCCCAUCAUCCAACAGCUUUUCUUACUGUGCAGUGUCAACUAAGGCAAAGGGAAGAUUUCUUAAGCUUCAAGGAGCUGGGAAAAAAUCAACACUACAAGCAGUAUUUAUUGCACAGAUGUUCACAAAUGUACAAUACAGAGUUCAAUAAAAGCUGUUUGAUUGCAGAA